UGUCCAAAAAGUUUUAUUAAGAUAAGAUAUAUGCCAUGCCACUUCGCUUCUUAUCCCAGGCAAGUGGUGACACCCGAGCAAGAUCAUUCGCAUUGCAAAGACACCGAUGGAUGCACGAUUGUUUGAAGCUGCUCGCACAGGAGAUGUCAACUACUUGCACUCCUUGUGCCGCGACGUCCCCCUCAUUCUCGAAGCUGCGGCUCUACAAGGCGGAGAGACCCCGUUACAUGUUUCUGUGGUGGCGGGUCACCUCGAUUUUGCCUGCGAACUCUUGAAACUUAGGCCCGCUUUCGCCGAAGAGAUGAACCCGGACGGCCUCGCCCCAUUGCACAUAGCCUCCGCAAAAGGGAGCCUUGAGAUUGUGAGGGAGCUGCUGAAGUUGGGCCCUCAACUGUGCCUCCUGAAGGGGAGGGAGAGAAGGAUUCCCUUGCAUUAUUCGGCUAUCAAAGGGAGAGUCCAAGUCAUGAAAGAACUGCUCUCGGCAUGUGGGAGCUCGAUCGAGGAAGUCACAGCUCGAGGGGAGACCGCGCUCCACCUCGCCGUGAAAAACAGUCAGUUUGAAGCUUUGACGGUGUUGGUGGAUCAGCUGAAGAAAACGAACAAAGAGAGUCUUCUCAAUUGCAAGGACUCCCAAGGGGAUACCAUUCUGCACCUUGCUGUCGGUACAAAACAAUACGAGGUGGUCGAUCUCCUGCUUAAUGGGAAGAUUGUACAUAAGGAUCGGGUGGACGUGAACGCAGUGAAUCAAAGAGGUCUUACACCUCUCGACAUUCUAUCCAUUGUUCCUAGCGAAUCCGGUGACAGAGAAAUCCGGCAUAUUCUUACUGGGGCAGAUGCCCCAAGCAUUCGAGUGGUCAGUGAAUCACAGGAUGACCACUGCGCCGCUGCGGAUGGAUUGGACAACCGCCAGCAGGCUAGAUGCAGUAGGUGGGGACGGAUCUUCAGAGUCAAUUAUGAAAAGAACCAGUGGCUUGAUUACCUCCGGUUCAAGAAAGGCCGGGAUUCCGCUAACGAUGCCCGGAGCACCCUUUUGGUGGUCGCCACCCUCAUCACGACAGCCACCUACCAGGCAGUGCUUCAGCCUCCCGGCGGCCUCUGGCAGGACGACUCGGAUUCUCUAAGCGGGACAGCUGACAAUAGCUCCACAUUGAACGGGAUUGCUCCAAAAACACACAAGGCCGGGAAGGCAGUCCUGGGAAACCUUAAUCCGGGCUCGUACAUCACCUUCCUGCUCUUCAACUCGCUCGGGUUCUUCGCGUCGAUCCAGAUGAUCAUAUGUCUCACCAUGGGGUUUCCGCUGCACACGGAGCUGAUGACUGCACUCUGGGCCUUGGUAAUCACUUAUGACACUUCAAUGGGCGCCAUGACUCCCAACUCUUUCUUCAAUUGUUUCUUCGUCGCGCUCUCUGCCGCUUUGCCUGUUCUAAUGGGGAUCAUUACUCUGCGUGCCAGGAGAUGAGUGAGUUGCUAUUUCACCAUUGGUUUGAGUAGAAACUCAGGCAGAUAACUUUAUCCUGAAUUAUCUAAUUAAAUCUACAUCGAAUGUUCGUUUUGUUGUAAUCCUUAAUUUCAUCCACUCGUUCGAUAUUCUCGAUAUUUAAUUGUGCAUACUGCGCACAUUUGUUAAGUA